GUCCUACACAGAAUCGAGUUGACCAUGCAUUGUCGAAAAAGGCGGGAAUUCUUUAUUAUGCAAAUUAUCGAGAAUAGUUUAUGAACAGGUUUUGAAGAGAGAACACGUUAUAUUAUAGGACAUGCAACAUUAUUGUUUAUGAACAGGUUAACAAACUAAAGAACUUGAAGAAGGAAUAGCGAAAAAGUAAAUUCCGGUGCAGGAAGGAAACUUAUAAUCAAUGGCUACAGCAUUUACCACAAAUAGUUCCAACUUCACACAGAGAAAGAAUAAGGGAUUUUCAAGUCAAUCCCUGAGACAAAAACACAAUGGAGAAUUUACAGGAUGUGAAAAUAUGGAGAUAAGUCCAGACAAGAUUCAAGAAUAUCUUGACAGUGAAAAAAUGGUUCCUGCUUCUCAGAUGGAGAGAAGAGUUUUGAGAGAAACCCAGAAUAUUCAAGGGAAUCUUAAUAUAGAUCAUGUUACAAAAGUCAAGAAAGAGAAGUCCAAGGAGAAAAGUUUUUAUAAUGUAGCCAAAAGUAAACUGGCCCAGCAGAUAAUGGGUAAAAAGACAAAAAGCAAAUCCAAGAAAUCUACCUUGUUCAAUGUAUUGAACCCAGAACCAUCUGCAAUCUUGGAUGAUGAUUUGUUGUGUAUGGACAUUGAUAUGUUGGACCCUUCAACAAAGAUCCGAGAGAUGUUUAUCAAACGUCCAGAUGAUGUUGUUGACAUUUAUGCACAUUUGAAUGACCAGUUUAACUGUCCUGAAUAUGCUCAAGAAGUGUAUUGUUACUUACAGUCUGUGGAAAGACGCUUAACAUUUUCUGAUGACUACCUUGCAUCAGAUCCUGAAGUUACACCACAGAUGAGAGCAAUACUAACAGACUGGCUCAUACAAGUACAGGUCCAUGAAGAGCUGUGUCAACAGACGAUACAUUUGACAGUGGCUCUGAUUGAUAGAUUCCUCGUCCUGAAGGGUGUCAAACUACAGUUACUACAACUUCUGGGAAUCACAUGUUUGUUUAUUGCUGCAAAGUAUGUUGAAAGGUUCCCUCCAGAGGUGGCUACACUCUGUCAUCUUACUGAUAACAGUUUUCAGCCAGCACAAGUACUGAAGCUAGAGAUACAUGUACUGAAGGCUUUGAACUUUGACCUCAACAUAACAGACCCAACAGUUUUCUUGGAUCGAUUCCUUGAAAUAGAAACAAAUCAAAAUAAGGAGAUUGCUCAUAUGUCUCAGUACCUACUUGAUUUGUCCCUGACUGAGGCUAGAUUUACAGUUUACCAGUCAUCCAUCAUGGCUGCCAGUGCUAUGUAUCUAUCUAGAAAACUGACAGACAUUGAUGAUCCAUGGAAUCCAACCUUGGCUUACUACAGUAGAUACUCAGAGAAGGAUCUAGCAGCAUGUACCAAAGCUUACUCCAAAUCAUUGCUGAAACUCCCAACUAGUAAAUUCCAGGGAGCCAAAAACAAAUACAACAGUAUGACCAACUUUGAUGGUAUCAGCAACCAUCCUGCUCUCCAGAAUAAAGACCUCCUGAAAGAGAUUGCAGGGGAGGAAACUCUAAUCAUGUAAAAUUCACAUGAAUCUUGACCUUGGACUACUAUUUUAAAUAUCAUGUCUGUGAUUUAUAAACUACUGUGUAGAAAUAUCAAUGUGCUAUUUAUUUGUAUUUUACAUUUAAAAAACUGAUUUAUGGUGCUAUAAAAAUUAAUUUUAAAGCUGCUUAUUAGCAAGUGAGAGUUGUGUGUGUGUGUGUUUGAGAGUUGUGUAUGUGUGUUUGAGAGUUGAUAAAGAGAAAAAAAUGAAUGGAAAAAAAAAUUAAAAAAAUUGUAAAAGUCAGAAAUGUGCUACAAAAAUCGCAAAAUAUGAUAAAAAUAGCACAAUUUGAAAUGUACUUGAAAAAAUAGGUGCUGGUUUGACUGUUUUUUCCUGUGUUGUAUUUAUAAUUGCCAGUUUAUACUUGUUCACAAUUUAUUUAUACUUUUCUUUAUAUAUAUUAUACAUGCUUAUACAUGAUAUGGUUAUACAUUUGUCAUAUUAUAUACAUAGAUGAGCCCUUUUGCUCAAAUUUUAUGAGCGUUAAAGCUCCAAUAUUUUGCAUGGUGUUGGUUUAGUUUAUCUGUUCAUAAAUUUGAUUUUAACUUUUAAAUGACAUUGACAUUGACAAUGUAACAGAAAUUUAUAACAUUGACAUUGUAACAGAAAUUAAUGACAUUGUCUACUAACAGAAAUAAAUGAAAUUGACAUUGUACCAAAAAGACUUAUAUUAGACAGACAAGACUGAAGGACAUAUACAAUUGUUAUCUUGUUCUGUUAUUUUUUGAGAUAUUUAUUACAAUUGAAAAUACAUUUAUAUUGAAGCAUGAAUGCCCAGGAUGAAAGUUUAUUUUAUAUUUUAUUGUUGACAUUUUUUGAAUAAAAUGUACUUGGUCUUA